AUGUAUCGAAUAUUUCUACCCACAAGAUGUCAGGUUCGAUUCCCGGUGCCCGCAAAUCCAAACAAAAAAAAACAACCAUUUUCUUCUAUCCUCAAAACAUCAACAUCUGGAAUUAAUGGGUUGUCGUAAAAAAACGCAGAUAAUCUCAUGUUGCUCGUCUUCUCCUAUUUUUCGCCCCACAACGCGAUGACAGAAAAUGAAAUGAGAUAUUUUCGGUGUCGAGGAGAAUAUUAUGACGACUAGAAACAGCCAACUGUUUUUUUCCGUUUCAUAUUUUCACUUUUCUUCCUGUCAGGAUUUUUGAGGUCUAUUUUUCUUUGAGAUGAGUUGUGAUUUGUUUUUGGGUCACAUUUUGUGGUUGGCUGAGUAUCAAAGUAUGAAUUUGACUGCGUACUUUGGUAUCUUUUGGUCUACUACUUUACCGUACAUGAUUGCUUAAAUGAGUAUCAAACUAUAAAUUUGGCUGCGUACUUAACUGACUGAGUAUCAAAUGUUCGACAUUCUUCCCACGCACUCAAAAGUACCCUUUUUGCCAAAUUCCUAUUUUCCCCUUCCCCGGCAAAAUAUUCAUAUCAUUUUUCAUAGUCAUAUCUGAAAUUAUCCUGCCGCCUUUUUUUUCUGACAGCAAAAUUAUGAUAUCUAUUCAUCUCCGAAAGAAUAAUGUACAAAAUCAAAAUCUGGAAUUUUCCGAGAAAAUUGAAAAUUAUAGAGCUAUUCAUCAGCGAAUUUCUGUCUGCGUCUCUUUUCAGCAAAACAAUAUUUUUUUCUGUUUUUUGGCGGCGGAGCCAAAAAAAAAAACAAAGUACAAAACAACAUAUAAUUGUUGUUUUUUCACAAGUCGACCGGAAAAGGCGGCGAUCAAAAAAAGGGCGUGUUUGCCGCAGAAAGUACGCAGCCAAACACACGUUUGAUACUCAGUCAAGUCAAUGUACGCAGCCUCUAAAAUUCUCGAGUUCAGCUUCUAGAUUUCGGGUAGAUCAAACCACGUUAGAUACUCAGCCAAAGUUCAGGUACGCAGUCAAAAUAUUUCCUUCCAAUGUUUGAUCUUUUUCCCACAUAUGUUUUUUCUCUCCAAAAAACCACUCAUAACUCGCACGUGCAAAUUUUUAAACAAAAAUUUUCACUGAACAACAAAAUUUUUUUUGUGCCCCCAAAAAUCCUGAAUUUGAAGAAAUUUGAUACUUUUUUCCAUUUUUCUGUACCCAAAUCGUCAGUUUCCGCAGGUGUAGAUCAAAAAUCUCAAAUUUUCUAUUUUCUAGGGGAAAAAUUGAGAUUUGGCUGUGUAGGAAGGCUGAGUAUCUAAUGUAGCAAGAGAUUUUCCGCUACAUUUAACGAAUACAAAAAAUCCAUUUUAAUCCACGAAAAAGAAAAAGAAAAAAGUUUUUGUCCUAAUCCUUUUGCUCAUUAAACUUUUUCGGAGCUUCUUGGUGUAAACAAAAAUGUUUACGAUUUUUUUUCGACUUGGAAUUUUGAAAAAAAAAGAUCAUUGACCGGUCCAUCAAAUUUGGCUGCGUAUCUCUUAACAGAGUAUCAAUCUAGAAAAUUGGCUGCGUACGUUGUUGAAUUAUUUUUGAUCUACCAAUUUAGCUGCGUACUUAACUGAGUAUCUAAUAUCCAUCCCAGACAAAAAAUGUGCAAAAAAACCCGCCACCCCCACAAUUUUCACCCAUAAAAUUUCGCCUUAUGGGACCAUUUUGGCAUGAGUCCAACAAAAUGCAAAAACUUUUAAUGCGAAUUUUUUUGCAGAAAAAAAAAUCAGACCGAAAAAAGUUCCGGGUUUUUUUUUCAAAAAAAAAACUUUAUUCUGUUGUUGGUUGUGACUUCUUUUUCUUUUCUGCACUAAUUUAUGCCAUUUUUUCCACCGCAAUUUUUUUUGCACAGUGUGAAUUUUUAAUUGUGUGUGUGUACAUUUGAUACUCAGUCAAGAGACAAUUCUCCUCCUUGAAAAUCUGGUGUCGAAUUUCAGGAAAUUGUACAAAUUUCCGAAUUUCGGGUGUCGAUUUUCAGCCGAGUGAGUGAAAAAGUGGGGCGGAGCCCAGCGAAAAAAUGUCUCAAAAAUUCGCUCUCGAAAAAAAUAAUCAUUUAUAAUUUAUGCCCAUUUUUUUGCUUGCUAUAACUAUACUUUUUUCGCUAGAUGAUAUUUUUUUGGGCCAAGAUUUUUGAUCUACCAAUUUUGAUUCACCAGAUUUUUUUUGACCUGAGCAACUGUUUUGAUGAAAAACAAAUUAUUUAUCCGCCCAAUUUUCUCACUCCGGUGACCCGAGAAAAAAGUGAUUUUUGAAAUUUUAAAAAUUCACAACUUUUUUUCGUCGAGACUUCCUUUGUGGCAAUUUUUAGAACAAAAAAUUCAGUCAAGCUUUGAAAAUUGUUUAUUCUUUUUUUUGUUGGAUUUUCUUCCAGUACACUUUGUUUUGGUCAAACAAUAUGAUUUUUGGAAGUCUUUUGAAAAACCAUCUUAUUUUUGAGAACUUCUAAAACAAAAAUAAGCCACGCCCACAUUUGCGAAAAAGUUUUCCGAGAAAACUUGUGAUGUAAAAGUUGAUUUUUUUGAGCCCAGGAAUUUUCGAUAUAUAUCAUCAAUCUUUUUCCCUCUAUACUAUGUUUUUCCAAUUUUUUUUUUGGUGAACGUUCAAAAACAACUGACACCCCCAUUACACAUUAUUACUACUUUUCCAACAGAUUUUCUUGAGAGCUCCAAAAAAUCUUCCAAUCCAAAACCAAAUUAAUUUCAGGUGAUGGGAAACGGUAUGCGAAAAUACUCGCAAUGCGAUGCCUACUACAAGAAGCGCAGAAAAACCAACGGUAGGUCAAAGUUUGCGCGCGAAUUUACCGGAAAUCCCCCGAUUUUUUUUGCAGAUGUGAAUAAUGGUGCCAAUUUCACCAAGGACUACUGUGAGUAUUGGAAAAAUAAGACAAAUGCGACGCGGAACUCGAAAGAUGACAAUUUUUCCAUUGAGCGCAACAACUACAGUUUUGCGAAUUCUUGUGAGUUUUUCCGGCUUUGAAAGGGGCCGAGCCGAUUUGGCCUAAAUUUCACGCUGAUUUCAAAUUUUCAGACGAAUCACCGCUCCGAAAUAGUCGAAAACAACAACAAUCACAAUUUAUCUCGUCGUUCGACGGUCCCAGCAACAAUUAUUCAACAACUUCCACGUGGAAAAGAUAA